AUGAGGGCGCUCCUCGACGAUCCGAUCACGCUCUUCGCGUUGGCGGCCCUCGCGGUGAUCGCCUACAUGCGGACGCUCCACAGGCGUCGGAGGGCGGAGGCGGGCCUGGUGGACCCGGACGACGAUCCGGACAGCAUAGACGCGACGAAGAUCCGGUCGGACGGCAGGGUGCUCUUGGAGGCGAGGAACGUGAGCCGGCGCACGAUAGAGGCCGCGCUGAAUCGGUUCGUGGGGGACGGGGAGCGCCUGCGACCGCGGGACCUGGGCGUGUACGUGAGGGCCCUCACCCACAAGUCCGCGCUGGGGGAGUACGUGCUGGAUGGCGACUUCGAGCGCCUCGAGUUCCUGGGCGACUCGGUGCUGAACAUCGUCGUGACCAAAUACAUAUUCGACAGGUACCCGGACCGGCAGGAGGGCUUCCUGACCAGGGUCCGCACGAAGCUCGUGCGCACGUCCACGCUGGCCGGGUGGGCAUCCGAGCUGGGGCUGCAGGACAUGAUCCUCAUGUGCGACAAGGCGAUCGCUUCGGGGUGGAACCUCAACGCGAAGAAGCUGGAGGACGCGUUCGAGGCCCUGGUUGGUGCCGUGUUCAUCGACCUGGGGAUCUCGGCGUGCCGUAGGUUCUUGCAUCCCCUUUUGGAUCGAAGCGACUUCGGCGAGGUCGAAUUCGAUUCGAAUUUCAAGGACAAGCUUCUGAGGAUAAUGCAGGCGGCGCACUCGUAUCUGACGGCGAGGGGGCUGAACAACAGCGGGUACGGCGAGGAGAUGCUCCCCACGUACCGGGUGCGCGGCACGUUCAGAGGGGCAGGCGACCAGGACCUGUUCGACGUGGCCGUGGUCGUCUGCGGGUUCGAGAUGGGCAGCGGAGCGCACGUGAAGAAGCGGGACGCGGAGCAGGUGGCCGCGAGGACGGGGCUGGCGACGAUCGCGGCGCACGGCCUGCCGCAGAUCCCCACGAGGGCCGGCUUCGUGCAGAUCCCGUACGAUACGUAUGCCAGGAUACUGAUGUCCUGA